UUUAUUUUAGGAAAACACCAGAGUGGCUUGUGUUCCUGACAAGAACCUGAGACAGUGCAACAUGUUUUGAUGUCUUGUGGAAAAUUUGACCACCAAAGACAAGAGCUUCUCAGAGAAUUGUGAGAAAUUGGAUUAAAAGAAGUAUCUCUGAAAAGUAUUUUGGAAGUAGGGUCAAGUCGGAGGGGAAAAGCUGUUUUUCAGAUUCUUAAAAGACACUGGGCUAUAUAGCAGGAUAUAGAGCACUACGGUGCUAGUCCCAUAGGUGGCAGCAAUGCAACUUUUGGAUGCCGGCUGCCGUAAAACCGCAAAGAAAAAGAGAAAGAAGAAGAAGCAGAAGAAGAAAAGGAAGAAGAAGAAGAAGAAGCUGCUGCUGCUUUUGCUGUUGUUGUUGAGAAGUGAUCAGCUGACUGAACUGAAGCUGAAGGCAGCCCUGAAAGAAAAGCGAAGCUAAAGCAAAGCUAACAUUGAAUCAACAUGGCGUUCAUCACCGCCAACUGGAACCCGCUGGGAGAAGCCUUUUAUCGGAAAACAGAACUGUAUGAGAUGAGUUGGAACUUGAGGGAAGGACUCAGAGACUGUUUGGUGGCUGCAGCUCCUUAUGGAGGACCUAUAGCUCUCCUCAGAGAACCUCACAGACGUUCUCCCAGUUCUCGUCCCCAGUUGGAGAUUUAUUCUGCAUCUGGAGUCUCCAUAACCAGCUUCCCAUGGAAGAGUGGUCCUGUGGUCCAGUUGGGUUGGACAGUCAGUGAUGAGCUGUUGUGUAUUCAGGAGGACGGCUCGGUUCUGAUCUAUGAUCUGUUUGGAUCCUUCAAGAGACACUUUAGUAUGGGACAGGAAGUGGUUCAGAGUCAGGUGUUGGAAGCCAAAGUGUUCCACUCUCCUUAUGGAACAGGCGUCGCCAUAGUAACUGGCUCCUCCCGAUUCACCUUGGCAACAAACAUCGAUGACCUGAAGCUGCGGAGAUUACCUGAAGUCCCAGGUUUGCAGGGGAAGCCUACCUGUUGGGUCGUCCUCACUCAGGACAGACAGACUAAAGUCCUCCUGUCCAAUGGACCUGAACUCUUCAUCCUGGACAACACGUCCUGCACUGCUGUGUGUCCUCCUGGUUUCAGUCCUCAGGCUGGCAGUAUUGUCCACAUGUCGGUGUCUUUCAGCUAUAAGUACCUGGCUCUUUUCACUGACACUGGAUACCUGUGGACAGGCUCCUCCCAACUGCAGGACAAACUGAGCGAAGUCGACACUAAAAAGUCGAUGCCUCCCAAGCAGAUGGUCUGGUGUCGAAGACCGAAGAGUCAGCAACCAUCUGUGGUGUUGAUGUGGGACAGACUGCUCAUGGUGGCCGGAGUCUGUAACGACACCAUCCAGUUCCCAAUAGAGGAUCACUGUGUUCUGGUUGGAGAGCUGGAUGGAGUUCGAAUCAUCAGCUCGACCAAUCAGGAGCUGCUUCAGGAGGUUCCUCUGGUCUGUCAGGACAUCUUCAAGAUCGCUUCCAUGGCUCCCGGAGCUCUGCUGCUUGAGGCCCACAGGGAGUAUGAGAAGUCCAGUCAGAAGGCCGAUGAGUACCUGAGGGAGAUCAAGGAGCAAAGCAUGCUGGGAGAGGCGGUUAGACAGUGUGUCGAGGCGGCUGGACACGAAUAUGACACCAACACCCAGAAGUCCCUGCUGAGGGCGGCCUCGUUCGGGAAAUGCUUCCUGACAGACUUCAGUCCCGACCUGUUUGUGAUGACCUGCAGAGAACUACGAGUGCUGAAUGCCGUCAGAGAGAGCAGCGUAGGGCUGCCGCUCACACACACACAAUUUAAACAGAUGACUCUGCAGGUGCUGAUCGACAGGUUGGUGUAUCGACAGUUUUAUCCAUUAGCGAUAGAAAUCUGUCGUUACCUGAAGAUUCCAGAUUAUCAGGGAGUCAGCAGAGUCCUCAAACACUGGGCAUCAUGCAAGGUGCAGCAGAAGGACCUAUCAGAUGAGGCUAUAGCCCGAGCUGUGUGUGUGAAGGUGGGAGACUCACCUGGUGUUUCUUACUCACACAUUGCAGCUAAAGCUUAUGAGUGUGGGCGUACUGAGCUCGCCAUUAAGCUGUUGGAUUUCGAGGCUCGGUCUGGAGAACAGGUUCCUCUGCUCCUGAAGAUGAAGAGGAGCCAGUUGGCUCUCAGUAAAGCUGUGGAGAGUGGAGACACUGACCUGGUUUACACUGUGGUGACUUACCUGAAGAAUGAGAUGAACCGAGGAGAUUUCUUCAUGACGCUGAGGAACCAACCGGUUGCACUUAGCCUGUACAGACAGUUCUGUAAACUGCAGGAACAGGACACACUGAAAGAUCUCUAUAACCAGGACGAUGAUCACCAGGAGCUCGCCAACUACUACGUUACUGCCAGUUACAGAGAAAAGAGGUUAGAAAGCCGUCUGUCUCUCCUGCAGAGUGCUGUUGAUGAAUACAACAAGGCGAAGAAUGAGUUUGCUGCAAAGGCCACAGAGGAUGAGAUGCGUCUUCUACGAUUCCAACGAAAACUGGAUGAUGAGAAGGGGGCGGGGUUACUGGGACUAUCUCUGCAGGCUACAAUUGAGGCUCUGCUGGCGUUGGGACUCCACAAACAAGCAGAACAACUUUACAGAGACUUCAGAGUUCCUGAUAAAAGGUACUGGUGGUUGAAGCUGAAGUCUCUGGCAGAGAAAGAGGAGUGGGAGGAGUUGGAAAAGUUUGCAAAGAGUAAAAAAUCUCCUAUUGGCUACCUGGCAUUUGUUGAAGUUUGCAUGAAGAGUCACAACAAGUACGAAGCCAAGAAGUAUGUUUCCAAGGUAACACCUGAGCAGAAGGUCAAAGCUCACCUGGCCGUCAGUGACCUUGAGGGGGCGGCAGAUGCUGCCAUCGAACGCAAGAACGAAUCAGAGAUUGGGGUGGUCCUCUCCAGAUGCUCCGCCUCUGAUCGCCUGUUGAUUGACAGGUUGAACCGAGCCAGAGCAUUAACUGCCAAAAAGUGAUUCUUCAUUCAGAGUUCAUAUACAGAGACAGCAGAGCCUCCGCUGCCAAAAAGUGAUCUUCCAUUCAGAGCUCAUGAACAGAGACGGCAGAGCCUACGCUGCCAAAAAGUGAUCCUCCAUUCAGAGUGUAUGUACUGAUGUGAUACUGAUUGAUCUUCAGAGCUGGUAUUACCAUAGCAACCAUAGGCUGAAUUGUUUGUUCUUCAUGUGCUUUGAUAUCAGAUCUAACUGAGCUGAUCAUGGGUUUUAUCUGUGGUCAUUAAUGAUGUGAUUAUUGAUUACUCAGCUGAUGUUUUCUUCUUCUGUGUUUCUGUUAAUAAAAGCUGUGUGGUCCUUCAGUGACUGAACUCCAUGUUGCCCUCAUGUGGCUGUGAUGUUCAUGAGCUGUAGCUAUAACAACA